GCUGUCAGGUGGUAAACUCUUUCAAGUCUCAACACUUGCCCCGUCAUUUCUGUCUUUCACCAACCGUUAUUCUCUCCUGUCAUCGGCGACCCGCCGCAUGGCCGCACGAACUCCGCCUUCCGCGUCUGUUCCACAAUCUCGUCUUUCCGAUACAGAGAAGAUGGAUGGUACUGGUAGUUGGGAAGCCAUUGAAUGGACUAAGAAUGAGUCUCUUGGUCGCACUAUUUCUCAUGGAUUCUCCAGAUUUUUGCUUGAAGCUGAAGAAGUUAUUAGGGAGGGAUACGGUGUUGUUCUUGUGAACACCGAUGAAGCGGGCACCUUGCUUGUUACCAACUACCGGCUACUCUUUGUAAGUGAGAAGACCAGAGACAUAAUUGCACUUGGAACGAUGCCGUUGGCAGUAAUUGAGAAGUUCAACAAACUAGCUGUUAAGCAAACAUCAGGAUUACGUCAUGCAGAUAAGCCUCCAGUGCGGCGCCUUCUUCAGGUUUUUGGCAAGGAUUUAAGGAUAAUAGUCUUUGGUUUCCGAGCUCGAACAAAGCAGAGACGUGCGGUCUACGAAGCACUUUUGAGCUGUACAAAACCGGCAAGAUUAUGGGAUCUUUAUGCUUUUAUAUGUGGACCUUCUAAAUACAAUGGCAAUAAUCCAAAGGCGCGACUGUUAGAUGAAUAUUUUCGGCUUCUUGGAAUAAGUUCAUACUUACAACCAUCGAUUCAUAUGAUUGAGGAAGGAUCAUUUACGUUGUCCAAUAUAUGGUGGAGAAUAAGCAGUAUAAAUUCCAACUACACAUUGUCUGCAACUUACCCCUUCGCUUUGAUUUUUCCAAAAUCCAUCACUGACGAGGAAGUACUACAGGCCUCAACAUUUCGGGCUAGAUGUCGGUUGCCUGUAAUUUCAUGGUGCCAUCCUGGAACUGGAGCAGUUCUAGCACGUUCAUCCCAGCCAUUAGUUGGUCUCAUGAUGAACAUGAGGAGCAAUGCUGAUGAAAAGCUCGUGGCUGCACUUUGCACACAAUUUGCUAGUGGAAAGGAGGGGAGAAGGAAGUUAUAUAUUGCUGAUGCAAGACCAAGAAAAAAUGCUUUAGCAAAUGGAGCAAUGGGUGGUGGUUCCGAGUCAGCUGCUAAUUACUUCCAGUCAGAGAUAGUUUUCUUUGGCAUAGACAAUAUUCAUGCCAUGAGAGAGAGCCUUUCUCGUCUCAGAGAAUACUUGGAUACUUAUGGGACCACUUCAUCUGAUGGAAUGUCUUCAUAUCUUAGGCAUGGUGGAUCAAGUUGGGGAGGAGGUAAUCUCAGCAGUAUGUCUACUUCAGUGUCAACCCUUGGUGACAGUGGAUGGUUAAUACAUGUUCAAAAUGUCUUGGCUGGUGCUGCCUGGAUUGCUGCACGCGUAGCCAAGGAAUCUGCAUCAGUUCUUGUUCAUUGCAGUGAUGGUUGGGAUAGAACAACUCAGUUGGUCUCACUUACAAGUUUGCUACUUGAUCCAUACUAUCGGACAAUCAAGGGUUUUCAGGCACUUGUUGAGAAAGAUUGGCUUGCUUUUGGUCAUCCGUUUUCUGACCGUAUUGGGCUCCCUACUUUAUCUGGAAGUGGUAAUACGCCAGUAGAAUUGUCACGACAGUCUACCACUGGUAGUUUCCAUUCGCCUUCAAUACGUCAGCAGUCUGGAUCUUUUACACAGCCAUCUGGCUCUUCACACACACACAGUUCGAACAGCUAUUCUCCUAUCUUUUUGCAGUGGGUUGAUUGUGUUUCACAGUUAUUAAGAAUGUAUCCGUCUGCUUUUGAAUUUUCCUCGACAUUUUUGGUUGAGUUCUUGGAUUGCGUGCUCUCUUGUCGCUUUGGAAAUUUUCUGUGUAACAGUGAAAGGGAAAGACAACAAUUUGGGGUUUCUGAUGCAUGUGGAUGCUUGUGGAGCUACUUGGCUGAAUUGCAUUCCUCUGAUGGUCAAUCACAUGUUCACUUCAAUCUUUUUUAUGAUCCAAUGAAACAUGAUGGUCCACUGCUACCUCCGGCAGCAGCUCUUGCUCCUACAUUAUGGCCGCAGUUCCACCUUCGCUGGGCCUGUCCUAAAGAAGUCGAGGCUGGUGACAUUGAAGCUAAAUGUAGAAGCAUGGAUAGCAAAUUAUCUGAUUUGCAGAAGGCUAAAGAUGCAGCAGAAAGGAAGACUUGGGAAGUUACAGCCGCCAUGGAGUCUCUAGCCUCAGAGUUGAGAAAUGAGAAGCAACUGAGUAGCUCUGCACUGCACUUGGCUAAAAAUGCCAGCAAGGAAAAUGCUGCUAUUAAGCGUGCAAUCCAGUCAUUAGGCUGCAAGAUUCACUUCUCAGGUAGUGGGGAUACCACUAUUGAUGUUGAACACUGUGGAACAGAGUCCCCUCAUAAAUCAUUCUACUCUCUUUCCAAACAACAAUCUGUGAGAAAGUUGCCGUCUGAUGAAAAGUCAGAUCUCUCAAUCUCCAUCGGGCUAAUGCAUAAUGAUGAUCUUCCAACUGAUUCUUUUACUCGGAUAUGUGAAUCCCUCUGCCCAUUACAUUCACCAGAUGGUCGAUGUAGGUGGCCUGAAGCAGGUUGUGCUCAGAUUGGAAGCCAGUUUGUUGGUCUGAAGGCAAACUUUGAUGCUUUUGAUCGGUUAUCUAUAGAUGAUGGUUACUUUUGAAACCUGCAACUUCGAAGUUUUGAGCUAAUUUUGGAUUUAAUGGAACUUUUACCAGUUCAUUGUAUAUUCAGAACAAGGUAUAGGAGACGUUGCAAGUAAAAAAUCUUGUACAACACUUGCAACAAAUAAAACUUGUGACCCAUCUUUUGACUUGGGUUUUGGGAUUGUAUAGUUAAAUAUAGAGUUGGAAGCUCCGUUUCAUCAUAGACGUCUGUAAUUCUUAACUGAUCUUUCAAGGCCAGCUCUGUGACUGGGAUUCUGCUUCCCAUCUGCAAAUUAAGUCGUGAUAGAUGACUAUCUCAAGUCUUUCUGAAAUACGGCAUGAUAUUUUACAGCAUACAUGUAUUCAGUAAUAAGAAACCUGUAUGACUUUGGUUACUAAUUUCAUUUAAUUGUGAAAAACUUGUACUAGCAUC